AUUAUCUAUGGACACAGAUCACAAGCAAACUGCAAAGGGGAACUCGUUUAUUUUUUAUUUAAAUUUGGUCUCUACUGUUGUAACUUCAAACUUGGAGUGUGGUUGUAGUCUGAUCCGAAUAUUUUAUCCGUGAUUUCAGAUAAGUUUUUUCACUUUCGCCGCUUCUACCAUAACCUACAAAAUAUCGUGUUAUCAUUAUCUCACGUGCGUGAAAGCGCGAAAGCAAAUGUGUUAUUAUCGUGGUUUUAAAUUUUAAUAUUUCAGAAUAAUUUGAGGUUUAAUAAUAUUACUUUUUAUACAUUUCAAUCGCUUGUAUUCGUUUCUUUCCACUUCUCAGCUCAACACUUUAAUACACUACCUUCGUCGUCUUAAGCUCCUUGCCCGUCCGAAGGCUCAACCAAUAACUCGAACACUGCUUCUAACAAUACCUGUGACUGAACGAUGGACGAUCAAAUUUCCGAUUCGUCUGACGAAUACACUCCUGACGUUAAUAACGAAUCAUUAAUUGUAAAUGGACUUUUUGGAAUUGCUGAUGAAGAAAAUAAUGUUGAGAAUACGACAGCUCAGGAAUUUAGUAAUGAUAUUAAUAUGGAAGCAGAAGAAGUAGUUGAAACAAUAAUUAAUAAACUUUGUAAUGAAAGUGAUCAACGUGUUAUAAAAACCACCGAACAAAAGAAUUUCAAUAAUAUUAAAGAUCAUAACAACAGUGAUUGUGUUCAAACAGCAGAGAGUAAUUGUUUUGGUAGUCGUAUGAUAUGCUCGGAGUCAGCUGAUUUGGAUCACGCAGAAUUACCGUACUCGUUUGCUAGUAUAUCUAAAAAUUAUGAAAAAUCAAAAAAAUCUGAUGCUUCAAAGGAUUUGGUUAAGACACAGGGAAAUUUAACAAAUUGCGAUAUAUUGCCCGAACCGGAUUCUAAGUCAACUGUUGUAUUAUCCAAAGGAAACUUACCAUCAACACUCUCUUUAAUUUCUACAAAUUACCAGGACUCAAGUUCUGAUGAUAGCGAUACUAGUAAUGAUGAUGAUUCUAAUAAUGAUGACCAAUUGAUUGAUUCUGAUAAUGAAAACAGCAUCAUUUCUGUAUCAUCCAAUACAUGUUCAAAAGAUUAUGUUAAGACCAAAGGAGAAUUAGAUAUUAGUGAUUUGCCACCCAUUGAAGAUUUAAAAAUAUCAGUUGACGAAGCCAAAUGUCAACCAGUUGGAUGUAUUAAAAGUGUUGUUGAUACUUUAGUUAUAGUUGAAGCAUUUUUAAAUCAACCUGCAUUGGAUAUUGACUCUGUACUAUUUGUGGAUCGGGGAAAACGAGCUUUAGGAAGAAUAUUUGAUGUUUUUGGGCCUGUAAUUAAACCCUUCUACGCAAUCCGUUUCAAUGAUUCUAACCAUAUCAAAAAGUUUGAUAUACAAAUUAAAGAACCUGUAUACUGUGCCCCUCAGACAGAAUAUGCAAGCUAUGUUAUGGUGUCUCAGCUUAUGAAAAUGAAAGGAAGUGAUGCUUCAUGGAGAGACAAUAAUGAACCACCUUGUGAGUUUUUAGAUUAUUCUGAUGACGAAGCAGAAAAGUUAGCCAAGAAAAAACGAAGACAGAAAAAAUGUAUACAACUUUCAGAAGAUGAUGAUACAGUAGAUAAGGAAAAAUCGCCUGAUCCUCCCAGUCAACGUGUAGUCAGGAAUAACCCCACACCAAGAAGUAUGACACCAAGAAGUAUGACACCAAGGAGUAUGACACCGAGGAGUAUGACACCAAGGAGUAUGACACCAAGGAAUAUGACACCACAUUCAUCUUAUCAAAAUUCCAAUAAUCAAACACAACAAACAUACAACCCUCGUCCUCCUAAUCAUGGUAACCUUGACCAUAACGGUCCCAGACAAUUUCCUACCUAUGCUCAGCAUUUAAGUUCAAUGGAUUACAGUCACGCCUACCGCCAACCAUACAACCCAUGGUAUUAUGAUCAAAUGCACGCACCAAGACAUAAUUACCCACAUCAACAACCAUACAUGCCACCAGGGUAUGAUUACCGAUCUCAACCAAUGGAUCCAAAUAAUCCAAAUAAUCCAAAUAAUCCAAAUAAUCCAAAUAACCCAAAUAACCCAAAUAACCCAAAUAAUCGUUUUCACUAUAAUAACCAUUUUGAUUAAAAUCCUUCAAUAAUUAUGAUUAAAAAUGUUUUUUCUUAUUGUGUGCCUUGUUUUUGUAUUUAAUUUUUUGAAUUACUAUUAUAAUAAUAUGAUUAAUUAUAACAAUUUUUUGAUAUUUAAAACCAUAUUAAAAUACUAGGUAAUUUUAUCAUGAACAUAGAUAUGACGUAUGACUGUGGUAAAUGCUUAAUGAUCUAAACACUCGACUUGGGAUGCAGAAAAUAUUUUGUUAAUUAUUAUUUGAUAGUUAUUGAAUAAAUCAUUUUUAAAAAAAAUAAUAUAUUUUAAUAUUUUAAGAAUAUUUGAUUUAUCUAGGAAUAUCUAGUAUACAGAACUUCCAAUAAUAAAAUACAACCCAUUACAGACUAUAAAAUGAUAUUAAAAAUUAACUUGUUCAUUUAUUUUUAAUUAAAUUAUUCAAAUUGUAGAAUGAAAAUUGAAAAUUGGUAAGAUACCAUAAUUAAAAAUAAAUGAACAGAUAAAGCAACAGUUUUAUUAUUUUUCAAAUACAAAUUAGCACAAUCCUCCAAUUAUUCGCCUAUUAAAUUAUAUUAAAAUACCAUUAUACCUAUUGGCUUUAAGGCAUAUUUAUUAAUAUAUAUUUUCCAACCAUUAGGUUAGUUCACAGCAGUAUAGUUGAUAAAUACAUAAAUUUAAAUAUAAUAAUAUAUAAUUGUAUUACUAAAAACAUUUUACAAAUUAUUUGACGAAGCAAAUGAAAUAUUUUAUUUUUAUUAAUAAUUGUACAAUUAGUUAUACAUAAACUAUAAAAGCUUAUUUGUUUAGCAAUCAGCCUGAUUUAAACGGAAUUUAGCGCCAGCAAUAAAAAUAUUUUAAUGGUGUUUCAACAUGAAUUGUGUUGCAAGUUUAAACUUUCCAAUUUUAUUUAUUGACUCUCAAACAUUCAAAUAUAAAAUUAUAAAAUUAAAAUGGAAAAUAUAUUUGGUUAUUUUAUAAUGUGCAUAUUAAUAUCAUAGGGCAAAAAUGUAAAAUAAACUGAGAAAAAAUUGAAAAUAAAAGAAUAUGUUAUCAUCUUUCUUACCAAAUAUUAAGGAAUAAGUAGCCAUACCAGAGAACACUACCUUCAAUUGAUUAUAAGUGUUUUUAAAAUCAAGUUUAGUGAACUUUUCAUCUAACUACAUACCUACUUUUAAACAAUUCUUCAGAUGGAAAAGGUAAUAUGUAUCUUUAAGAUGCUUAUUAAUUGUAGUCUAAUAAUCUGUCUACAAUUUAAUAUCACCAUUGGGAUUAAGUACUGAAACUGAAAGUGUGCCGCACUAACAAUUAUCACUUUUCCGUAUUACAUCUCUUUUUCAAUAGCUACUUUAUAUGCAAAGGGUAUAAAGCGAUGCUUACAAA